UCGAAUGAAAUAUGUCAGUAUAGUGUGUUUUUUCUAUUCUGCUUUUUUCACUAUUUAUUAAUGUCCAAUUUACAAACGAUGCAAUUUAUAUCAUUGUUUUGGAUCUUUCUGUUUGGACUGUGCAUUACACGGGAUACUCUAUCUCAAGAUGUGGACGAGUUUGAGGGAAGAUUAUUCGAUUUUCAUAAUAUGAAGAGAGAAUUAUGCCAAUAUUGUACAGCAAAAUUUGGUUUUUCUUGGAAAAAAAUGUUAUGCAAUUCAAUUUGCAUGAAUAUGAUGACCAAUAAUAAUUCAGCUUUUGGACCUGGAGGCGCUCAACCUCCAGGUGGAGGUGCUCAACCUCCAGUUGGUGGUGCUCAACCUCCAGUUGGUGGUGCUCAACCUCCAGGUGGAGGGGCUCAACCUCCAGGUGGAGGUGCUCAACCUCCAGGUGGAGGGGCUCAACCUCCAGGUGGAGGUGCUCAACCUCCAGGUGGAGGGGCUCAACCUCCAGGUGGAGGGGCUCAACCUCCAGGUGGAGGUGCUCAACCUCCAGGUGGAGGUGGUGGUUAAUUUAAUUCGAUUUUAUUUCAAUAAUUUUUCCUAAUAUCAAAUUGUUACAAUUCUUCUCAUCAGACAUAGUAAAAUUUACCAUACUGUUCAAUUAAAUCUAAUAAUUACCAAUUACAUCAACUGUUUGUA